UUGACAGUGACAAUCUACGGUGAAUACAUUUGGCCUGAAACCUUUCCUCAAGUUAAUCAGCUCAUGGGAUGCAGAAAGCCCAUCUCGCAGCGAGCCCGCAGGCUUUGCGAAUUACACAUUGAAAAUGACACAACGAGCUGGGCCCAACCGGACAUGACAAGAUGCAGCCCAUUUGUGUCCAUUCCUGAUCUUGAAAAUAUCACUGUCACUACUGAUAACGCUGCUGAAGUCGUGGACAUAAUCCAGGGCCUGGUGAACGCUACAGUGGGCAACGGCACGCAGAUUCCACCCUCCGAGCUCAACACGGUGGUGGAGAAACUCAACCAGGUGGUGAACGUCACCACCGUCACACCGACACUGGGCGGCAACAUCAUCAGCAUUUUCUCCGACAUCUUGAUUUCCACAACGGACGUGACACCAGUGGCUGUCAGCAUCCUCACCCUGACAGAUAAGAUGGGCAAUACUAUGGAUUUUCCAAGUGACUCGCUAAGUUUGACUGCUCCUUCACUGGCUCUGUCCAUGAUCGACGUGGAUCCCGAGGGAUUCGAAGGCCUCACGUUCAGCGCGUUCUCCAUCUCGUCGAUCCAGGAGCCGAAUGUAUUUGUCAACCAGACUUCAGAAGGCAAACCAAUCCCAGAGGCAAAUGUGACCAUAUUGCUACCAUCUACGCUCCACAACUUCCUUCCACCUGGAAAGAGGAAUAAAACCAGGGUCCAGUUUCAGUUCUAUGGUACACAAGACCUUUUCCAGGACCCGGACACAGCCAACACUCACAGCAAAUUGAUGGUGAACUCUUACAUUGUGUCCGCGAGCAUCAACGGCAGCCACGUCAGCGACCUGGAUGACGGCGAGAGGGUGGUGAUCACGCUACACCACCGCAAAGCCAAACAGGGGGAAUUGAAGUUGACGGUAGUUGACCUUCCUUAA